AUGGCUACUUCCAGUGAGAAUACUGUUAUCAAUGAGAUAGAGAAAAUUAACAAAAGCAACAAUUACCAUUGUUGUGUUCCAAAGUGUAGUUCAAAUGGCAGAUAUGAUUUCAAUCUAAGCUUUCAUAAAUUUCCAAAAGAUGAAGGAAUUAAAAAGAAUUGGGUGGUUAAAAUCAGACGAGAUGUGGGUCCUAAUUUCCAGAUCUCAAAGUCAACAGUUGUUUGUUCAAAACACUUUAAAAAGGAGGACUAUACAGGCUGGACACCCCUUAAAAAGAGGCUUAAGAAGGAUGCAGUACCUAGCAUUUUCGAAUGGACAGAUGACACAGAACCAAGAAGAAUUUUAAAAAGAACACUAGUAACACCUCCAGGACCUAAAUCUAAAAGACAAAAAUGUGAAACAAUGACAAGUUCGACAGAACCAUCUACGAGUAGAGAAGAAACAUUGACUGCAGUUCCACUCUAUGUAGAACAAGAAGAAGAAAUAUCAAAAUUAAAGGAUCAGUUGAACCAGAAAAAUUAUGAAUGUGCUGCUUUAGAAAGUCAACUGAAACUUGAACGCUUCAAUGUUAAUCGAUUUUCAAAUGAUGACACUAUGAUUCAGUUUUAUACAGGAUUUUCUUCAUACAUGAUGUUCGUAACAUUUUUUCAGUGUAUUGAACCAUCAGCAAGGAAUAUGUUGAGUAAAUACUAUGAAGCAGGAGAAACCAUUAGUCUUGCAGGAAGGAAAAGAAGCAUGUUGUUAAUUGACGAAUUUUUUAUGUUUUUGUGUAGGUUGAGGGUUGGUCUCUUAGAACAAGAUUUGAGUGUACGUUUUAAUUCUACCAUUCAAACAGUGAGUCGAAAAGUUGUUACAUGGGCAAACUACCUAUAUUUGACUCUGGACGAAUACCAAUAUAUCUUUCAAGGGAAGUUAUAA